CGUGGGGGGAGGGGCGUCAUUUGUUGACGUCACGACGUCGCUUUCAGGCUGCUGUACUUCCUUGUUUAUCUUCCAGUCCGCUGCGAACAUAGCUGCGGAAAUAAUCUUUAUUGCUGUCAAUGGCGCGAUAAGCACAAGCGACGGCAGCGAUUUAAUACACACAGCUGUCAAUCAAGCCGUCAUAUCUGAAGCUGUCGUGUAGUGUGCUCGCUGUCUUCGCGGCUUUAGAGGAUUAAAGAGCGAUGAUGGCGUCCAGCUAUAACGCGAAGGAUGAGGACGGUCAUCUUCCGGGAUCGGUGGGCUCCGGCGGGCCCCGGCGCCGUCAAGAGCAAGAAGCCCGACAACACGGCCUUUAAACAGCAGCGUUUGCCUGCCUGGCAGCCCAUCCUGACCGCGGGCACCGUCCUGCCCGCCUUCUUCAUGAUCGGACUCAUCUUCAUCCCCAUCGGCAUCGGACUCCUCGUCACCUCUAACAACAUCAAAGAGUUUGAGAUCGACUACACUGGUGUUGACAUGUUCAGGCCCGUGUUUCAACUGCUCGCAGAGCUACAGCUGGAACAGCACGAGCGCGUGCACCUGCUCUGUGCCCUUCACCCUAGACCAGCCUUUUGA